CCUAUAAGGGUGGUUCUGCUCCUCCAGUUAUCCUCAGACUCAGUCUGAAGAAUUGAGCCAUGGAGAUCAAACUAUUUGUUUUUGGUGUCGUGCUUGUGGCCGUAACAGUAACAGGUAGCAACGCUCAGCUAAGUGUUUGUGGCAUUGCUCCGUUCAACACCAGGAUCGUUGGAGGUGAAAAUGCUGACGCAGGAGCGUGGCCUUGGCAGGCCAGUCUGCACAGAAGCGGUAGUCACUUCUGUGGAGGUUCACUGAUCAACUCGAAAUGGGUGUUGACUGCAGCUCACUGUUUCCCAAGCACAAGCACAUUUAACCUCGUGGUGUACCUCGGACGUCAAACCCAACAGUUUCUGAACUUCAACGAAGUGUCCCGUACUGUGAUCCAGAUCAUCAACCACCCGGACUACGAUGUCUCCCCGAACGACAGCGACAUGUCUCUGCUUGAGCUCUCAUCAGAGGUGACAUUCACAGAUUACAUCAAACCUGUGUGCCUGGCAGCGAGCGACAGCGUGUUCGAUGCCGGAACAACUUGUUGGGUUACCGGAUGGGGAACCAUCGGAACUGACGUUCCCCUUGGUUUCCCUCAGACACUUCAGGAGGUUACCGUUCCCAUCGUGUCCAACACUCGGUGUAGCCAGUCCUACUCGUCAAUCACCAGCAACAUGAUCUGUGCCGGACUGGAGGAGGGAGGAAAGGACUCCUGUCAGGGGGAUUCAGGUGGCCCACUGGUGUGUAAAAGUGGAUCGGUGUGGGUCGAGGGUGGAGUAGUGAGUUUUGGAAGAGGCUGUGCUUUAGCCAGCUUCCCUGGAGUCUAUGCCCGGGUGUCUCAGUUUGAGGACUGGAUCAAAAGCCGUGUCAGCGGCAGUGGCGAGCCAGGCUUUGUCACCUUCAGCGCAGACUCUGGGAACGGUUCAUCCACUGGUUCAACUUCUGGAACAGCUCAUCUGAUUUCCUUCUCGGCCCCUCUGCUGCUCUCCAUCUUACCUGCUUUCUUCUCUAUCUUAGUCCUUUCAUAGAAUUGUUAAUAACGAGUAACAUAUCAUAGAGAGUGCCAUUGCCUUUAGGUGGCGGGGGUGUGUGAGGCUGCACAUUAAGGUUGUCAAAAAAAGAUUUGCACAUAUUAACUAAAUAAUGAUUAUUAUAUUAUAUAUGAUAUGAUAUAUAUGAUUCUGCACUCAAUGCCAUGAGACUACUUAGUCAGACUCUCUUGUGUCCUCCUCUGUCUGCGUUGUUCAGCACUUUGGAUCUACAGUGUUGUUUGUGCUUUAAAAAUAAAGUUGAGUUGUUUAUUUUAGAUUCUAAUGGAAUCAUCAGUUUGGGAGCCAGUGCCUUUACAGUAGGUCUAAAAGUCUACAACAGUUAAACUAUAUCUAAAAGCUAUAUGGCUGCAACUCAGGAAUCUUUUUAUUGUUGAUUUUUCUGCUGACCUGUUUUUUAAUUAAUUAAUCAGUUGUUUUUUCUUUUCUUUUUUUAUAAUAAAAAAAGUCAAUUUUUUUAAUAAACUUAAGCCAGCAUCUCUUUUAUUAGACUUUAAACACUUACUUUCAGUAAAAAUGAAUUCUGAAAAGCAGAAGAAGUAUAUAGAAGUAUAUAAAAUGUAACAGUAACAAUACUUACUCGCGAAUGAGUGUUCCGGCUGAAAAUUGUUUGAGUAUGUAAGUAAUUGUGAAAAACCUAAAGCUGCUUUGUGUAUGAUGAUGUGAUGUGACAGGAGCACCAGUGGAAAUGUUCUAUAGACGUGUACUCAUCUGUACUGUUAACUUAAUAUCUGAUUUAUUUACACUUGCAACUGUGAUAUACUUGUAACUAUGAAAUAUGAAGCAAAAGUUGUAUUUUUGAUUAUAUAGUUUUACAUCAAAUAUUAGAAACAUCUGUGAUUUGUUCCUCAUCAUGACUCUAGUAGUUGAAGUUGCUGAUCAUUUGGAUUAUAUUGUGUUGCUAUUUGUUUGUUGUUUUAAAGUAGCUGAAACCACUAGCCUGUAUAUCUCUUCUUUUGACUGUAUUGUGUUGAAUAAAUGUUCUUCACUCA